AUGGACUUUGCCCGGUGGAAGCGGACUACCACUGCGCUCGGGCCGCAAGUGCCCGCAGACGCCGCCGAGCUCGACAAGGCGCUGCCGGUGCAUAUACCAGACUUUGGCGAGACCAUUCCGACUGGCAAAGCCCGCAUUACGUGGCUCGGCCACGCCUCUGUGCUACUCGAAGUCCCGGUCGAUGAAAACGGAACGACCGCAACGAUUCUCACGGACCGCGAGUUUUGGAUUGGCCCCAAGCGGUACCGCCCCACGCCGCUUCAAGUCGCGGACCUCCCGCGAAUCGAUGAUGUUGUUCUGAGCCACAACCACUACGACCACAUGGAGAGCACGACACUCACACAGCUCCAUGAACGGUUCCCAGCCCUUUGCUGGUUUGUGCCGCUGGACAACGCCCAUUACUUGACGCCGCUCGGCGUCGGCGGCUCCUUCUUCUUCUCGGGUAACACGGCCUACUGCUCGUCAUUCAAGGCGAUUGGCCACACGUUCGGCGGCUUUAGCGUCUCGGCGAUCCCGAUCGGCGCGUACGGCCGCGCGAGGUCUUCCGCGUUCAGCAUUGCGAUGUGCCCGAGGCCAUUCAGAUCCACAAGGACGUCCAGACCCGGUCGUCGCUGGGUAUUCACUGGGGUACGUGGGUCAUGGCGGAACCUCGAGCCAAAAAUGGAGUUGGAGCGGCUCAUGGCGUGCGAGAUGGAGUGCCUCCACGACUCGUUUUACACCCUUGACCACG